UUGUACUCCAGCCAGUCUGUUGAAGACUCGCGAGUUUUGAACGACUCGCUCAUCUCUGGUUAUCCGCCAUUGCUCCGCUGUCACACAUACCGGCCCAGACCAGCUCGGGCAGUCUCCAGUGACGACACGCUAGCAGCCACGUAACGAAGAUAUGUUUUCCUGCAGAGCGGCCUGGCAAAGGUGUGGACCUUUGGCGAGGACAGCAGCCUUCAACUUGCCGCGGAAUGGUUUGCAACGGAGGCAAAUGUCAUCUAUGCCUGGUGGCUCUGGAGAAAACAUAGUUUACGCUGUGCUGUGUGGUGGAGCCUUUGUUGGUGCUGUAACAUACGUAUACAAGACUGUGUCCACUGACAAUGCCAGGUACAAAGAUCGCAUUGAGGAAAUCAGUGCUAGAAGCAAGGAACAGUGGGUUCCCAAACCAUGCCCUCCUCAGAGCAAGAAUGAUGAUGAGGAUGGCCCAGAAGAGGAGGCAGCUGAAGAUGCCAGUCAAGAAGGAGGUGGUGAUGCAGCUGCUGAGUCGGAGACUGAGACGGAAGCAGUUGUAGAAAUUGUUGCCGAGGUUGCUGUGGUGGCAGAGGAAGUUGCGGAGGCCGCCCAAGAAGUGCAGGCUGACGCAGACGAAGUGCCCCAAGUAGUAGAAGAUGUUGAGGAGACUGCCCAUGCCAUUGCCGAACAAGUUGCUGCUGAGGACCCUGAAAGCAACGUGCUGCAGACAGUAUCCCCUACGCCGGAGAUAACUGAAGUAAGGGAAGAAGCAGUGUGUGCUGAAGUUGCUGAUGAGGCAGCACCAGAGGAUAUACCCCCUCCACCAGAAGAAAUUAGAUCCAUGGAUGAAUGUCCACCUGUGAUACUGGAAUACAAGGAGGCAGAUGAAGACAUCUCAGGGACAACAAAAGCUGUACCAGUAGUGGAGGAGCUUCCAACACUAUUAAACCUUGCACCAGUGAUUGAGGAAGUUCUCAUACCUGUAGGGGCUACACCAAUACUUGAGGAGGCCGCAAUUAUUUUGGAAGCUGCACCUGCAAUAGAAGAAACGUCUACAGUAGCGGAGGCUGCAACUGCAGAAGAGGUUGCACCAGUGGUUGAGGAAGUUCUCAUACCUGUAGAGGCUGCACCAAUGCUUGAGGAGGCUGCAAUAAUUUUGGAAGCUGCACCUGCCAUUGAAGAAACCCCUACGCUAAUGGAGGCUGCUGCUGCAGAAGAGGUUGCACCAGUGGUUGAGGAAGUUCUCAUACCUGUAGAGGCUGCACCAAUGCUUGAGGACGCUGCAGUAAUUUUGGAAACUGCACCUGCCAUUGAAGAAAACUCUACACUAGUGGAAGUUGCAACUGCAGAGGACGUUGCACCAGUAGUUAAGGAAGUGCUUGCACAUGUUGAGGAUGUCUUGGCUGCAUCUGUGAUUGAGGAGGCCCCAUUAUCAGUUGUGUCACAAGUUGUGGAGGAGGAUCCUACCCUGAUAGAUGAACUACCAGUAAAUGAGGUGGCUCUCGCACCAUUUGCGGCUUCACCACUGUUUGAGGAGGCCCCUGUGACUGCAGACGCAGCACAAACCGUUAAAGAACCAUUGGCAGAAGUGAUUGAGGAGGCCCAUGCACCAGUAAAGCUAGCCUCAGUUGUUGAGGACUCCACGUUACCAGUACAGACUGAACCAGUCAUUGAAGAUGUUCCUCCAACAGAGGAGGCUGCUGUAGAAUCAAAUAUCAACCUAACCAGCCUGAUAGCGGGAGACGCAUCGCCAGCUCCAGUGGAGACCCGAGAAGAAGAACCCAAACGGGAGUUCAUUGUUGUGGUUCUGGAAGGAACACCUAAGGUAGAUAAAUCACCUAGGGUUCUAGGAGUGGCACCAAUAAGUGGAAGAAUUAUCCCAGCUCCAGAAGAUGAGGACAAGCGGAGUCUUCUUAGGAUGCAAAUGCAGUAGUUCUAAGGUAACAUUUCCUGAAUGACAACUUCCUGUGUAACAGAAGAAGAGGGGUGUGCCUUUUUCAACUUGUUUUUCCUUUUAUGCACAAAUGGGAUCUGAAAAGGGUGUGCUAUAUUUACAAUGUGAAAAAUACAUUAAAUAGUUAUUACCUGUACACUGUAGGUGACAAUCCAAGUCUAGGGAGCACUUAAAGGGAAAGGUCUUUAGUGAACCAGUGAAGACACUUCUGAGCCAUUUAUUUUACUGUUCGAUACUUUACUAACUCGUGAACACUCCUUGUAUAUGUUCAUCCUUUCUCCCAUCAGCCAUGUGAUAUGCUUGUACGGUGUUCUCUACCUACUGUACAAAUCAUUCCAAGUUCAAAACUGUUUCACUUUGGUUUGUCUUUGACAGCUGCCAUGACUUUGUAGCAAAUUCACCUACCUCAAAUGUUCCUCAUUUCCACAGACCUCAUCCAUGUCAAACACAUUUUAAAGCAACAAAACACUGCGCUACGCUGCUAUCAUCUUUAGUUGUCACACUAUAAUACGCAAUAUGAGGGGUGGCUCAAUACACACACACACACACACAUAUAUAUAUAUAUAUAUAUAUAUAUAUAUAUAUAUCCAUCCAUCCAUCCAUUUUCUACUGCUUAUUCCCUUUGGGGUCGCGGGGGGCGCUGGAGCCUAUCUCAGCUACAAUCGGGCGGAAGGCGGGGUACACCCUGGACAAGUCGCCACCUCAUCGCAGGGCCAACACAGAUAGACAUACUGUAUAUAGGUACAUGUGGAUUACCGCAUUUUUCUGACUAUAAGUCGCUCCGGAGUAUAAGUCGCACCGGCCGAAAAUGCAUAAUAAAGAAGGAAAAAAACAUAUAUAAGUCGCACUGGAGUAUAAGUCGCAUUUUUUGGGGAAAUGUAUUUGAUAAAACCCAACACCAAAAGUAGACAUUUGAAAGGCAAUUUAAAAUAAAUAAAGAAUAGUGAACAACAGGCUGAAUAAGUGUACGUUAUAUGACGCAUAAAUAACCAACUGAGAAUGUGCCUGGUAUGUUAACGUAACAUAUGGUAAGAGUCAUUCAAAUAACUAUAACAUAUAGAACAUGCUAUACGUUUACCAAACAAUCUGUCACUCCUAAUCGCUAAAUCCCAUGAAAUCUUAUAUACGACUAGCCUCUUACGUGAAUGAGCUAAAUAAUAUUAUUUGAUAUUUUACGGUAAUGUGUUAAUAUUUUCACACAUAAGUUGCUCCUGAGUAUAAGUUGCACCCCCGGCCAAACUAUGAAAAAAACUGCGACUUAUAGUCCGAAAAAUACGGUAUAUGUAUAUAUAUAUAUACACAUAUAUUUAUAUGUAUAUGUGUGUGUGUAUAUAUAUAUAUAUAUAUAAUUAUAUAUAUAUUAUAUUUUUGAAUAAAAAUAUAUAGGGCAUGUUGUGUGUGUAUAUAUACAUAUAUAUAUAUAUAUAUAUAUAUAUAUAUAUGGCAUUUUAUAUCAUAUAUCUAAGAUCAAGAAACUUGGAAUUCAUUAAAUUUGGCACUCAGGGUUUUUUAAACAUAUAACCAUGGAAUGCAAUCUGUCCUAUUUUGAACAUAAAUUCAAUUAAAAAGUGUAUUUUUCUAGACAACCUUAACCAUUUGAUGGAAAUGUGUAUGUGUUGUAUGGAUUUACAUCAUUUUUGAAAAUUUUUAAUCUCAACAAUUCAAAUGAAAACACAAAGCCCUUCCUGCAAGGUUCCCUUUCUGAGCAGAAGGUAUUGUUAGAUAAGGAUCACUUUUAUUCACGGUAACAAUAAGUGAGUGUGGCUGCGCAGGUGGGAGUGUCAAAGCAGGGAGUUGGGAAUGUUUUAAUUGAUUAGACUUUUUUUCUCUGCAAUUAAUUGUCUUUAAAUUUAUAUGAACAAUGAUCCAACAAACUGAAAAAAGGAGGCAGAAGUCAGCGAUGCACACAUUGAGCGACACACAGGAGCUCUCUCAAGUUUACGUACCUGUCACUCCAACGAGAAGGACCCGCCCCUGUCGCUGCGGGGCCAAUCACAGGCAACCUCACUUUGUAGUCACGUGUUUGGAUGUAAAAUAGUACCGGUAGUAGUUUUGUAACACACCAAUAGGAGAGCAAAUUGCCCAUCCUCCACCUCAGGAAAGAAGCCAGAUACAGUCUAUAAGUAUUCCCUGCUCCAUCUGUUCACCAAUUUGGAGGGUUGAAGCAGGUUUGCAGCAAGUGCAGAAUAGAAUGUGACGACAUGCCAGUAACGAUGUAUGUUGAAGAAAUGUCUGUAAACACUUGAAUCAGAAGUUACAGCUUUGUUGGUAUAGUUUACAUGUUAGUUCUAGUUCUAUUUCCUCAUUUUGCACGUUCCAUUAUUACUAUCCUUCAGUGUUUUAUGUCCUUGGUGCUAAAAGCAAUUGAAAAUAAAACAUGGUAUUUCUUCUAUUGUUACAGAAUAAAAGGAGUUGAAAAUA